GGCAAACAAUCUCUUUGUCCAGUUCCGAAUCGUAAAUCAGACUGUUCCCGAUUCCGCGGGAAACUGUGUUUUCCCUCUCAGCGGAGGAGGGGCUGGAACACCUCCGGGCAAUCCCCAAACCCUGGUGCGUUCUUUUCUCCACGACACGGAAGACCUCAGCAGUACGCGGUCUUAGAAGUACUGCUUCUCAAAAAAGCGCCCAUUUCUGCAUUCAUGCGCAUCCAAUGAAUCUGUACCUAUUUUAUUGACAUGCGCUUGUGUAUUGCGAUUCACAAUCCAAUCGUAUUGUUUCCUCGGGGCGGCGAAGCCCGGACGACUCGGGUCUUUUCAGCUGCCCCGGUGAAGCGUCGUGCUCAUUUUGAAAGAAUCGGUAAUACUCUGCUUUCUGCCUGUUCUUUGUCUUUACCUUCAACACCUGUAUAAUUCUAUGUGGCACGUACCCGUCGGACUCCACUUUCUUCUUGCCGGCGGUUCAAAAUCGUCUCGGAGUUUCCCGGUUCGACAACUUCUUCCCGCUGUCUUUGAUGGCCCACUUGCAGAUGUGCUGUGAACCAAGAUAUGGCACCCCGAAGAAAUGACCCGAACAGGACGGGCAACUGCCCGUACUGCACUCUGAAAAUGUACUGUAAGCAGCACAAGAAUCAGCUGCAGCCACAAGGCGUCAACCCAGAAUGGCGUCAACCGAAGGAUUCCGCUGGGACAAUGUCACGCAUGUAUGACCAGAUCAUUACCAGCAAGCUGACGAGGUUCCGAGAGCGGUUCAAUGCCGCACUUGAAAAACACUCAGAAGCGAUGUGGGGUCCAGAUCCUAUCCAAACGCUGAAAGCCAUGGAGACAACUCCACCCGAGGUGAAGAAGCCAAAGAAGGUUAAGAAGGAGAGUCGCAAGAAGAAGGAUAGCAAGAAGAAGAAAAAAAAGCACAAGAAGAAAGCUAAGAAAAACAGGAAGCGCAAAUCGAGAUCGAGCAGCAGUGACAGUAGCGACGAUAGUGAUUCUUCGUCGUCAUCUUCAUCGUCAUCAUCAUCGUCUGACUCAGAGGACGACAGGAAACGGUCCUCGAAGAAGCGCCGGCGCGAGUCGUCAUCGUCUGAAGAUGAAGUGCGUGAAAAGAAGCAGCGCAAGGAAAGAGAUUUCUCGGAUAGCAGAGACAGGAGACCCUCUCCCUCACCCUCUAGGUGGUGA